GCCUCGGCGCACUCACGCACGCACACACGCAGGCACGCACGCACAGGCACGCGCGCGCGGUACCCCUGGCCGCCCCUCCCCCGCCCGGCCGUGACACCGCCGCGCCCCGCUCGCCCCGUCCUGCCGCCGCCGCGGGACGAGCCGAGGGACACGGUCGCCGCGCCCGAUACCGAGCAGGUCCUGGGCGGGGAGGACACGUGUCCCGGCCCCGAGUACCGAGGCUUUUCUCUUUCCCUUAGCAUUUGACACUGUGUACCAAAGAAAUGGUGAUGGAGAAGCCAAGUCCCCUGCUUGUAGGGCGGGAGUUUGUGAGACAGUACUACACUCUGCUAAAUAAAGCUCCUGACUUCUUGCACAGGUUUUAUGGCAGGAAUUCUUCUUACGUCCAUGGAGGACUGGAUGCCAGUGGGAAACCGCAAGAAGCAGUGUAUGGUCAAGCUGAGAUCCACAAAAAGGUGAUGUCAUUACAGUUCAGCGAAUGCCACACCAAGAUCCGUCAUGUGGAUGCUCAUGCUACGCUGAGUGAUGGAGUGGUUGUGCAAGUCAUGGGCGAGCUGUCGAACAACGGGCAGCCCAUGAGGAAGUUCAUGCAGACUUUUGUGCUUGCUCCAGAAGGCUCUGUUCCAAACAAGUUCUAUGUCCAUAAUGAUAUCUUCAGAUAUGAAGAUGAAGUAUUUGGGGAUUCAGAAGGAGAACUUGACGAAGAGUCUGAGGAAGAGGUGGAAGAGGAGCAGGAGGAAAGACAACCAUCACCUGAACCUGUGCAAGAGAAUGCGAGCAGUACUUACUAUGAAAACCAUCCUGUAACCAAUGGGAUAGAGGAGGCGCUAGAAGAAUCCUCUCAUGAACCUGAGCCGGAACUGGAAACUGAAACAAAAACUGAGGAGCUGAAAGCUGAAGUAGAAGAAAAGACCCUUGAGGAGCUAGAAGAGAAGUCUCCAUCUCCACCUCCUGUAGAACCUGUUUCACUCCCACAAGAACCACCAAAGGCUUUCUCUUGGGCUUCAGUGACCAGUAAAAACCUGCCUCCUAGUGGUACUGUUUCUUCCUCUGGAAUUCCACCCCAUGUUAAAGCACCAGUCUCACAGCCAAGAGUUGAAACUAAACCUGAAGCUCAGUCUCAGCCUCCUCGUGUCCGUGAACAACGUCCCAGGGAAAGACCCGGUUUUCCGCCCCGAGGGCCUCGACCAGGGAGAGGGGACAUGGAACAGAAUGAGUCGGAUAAUCGUCGGAUCAUUCGCUAUCCAGACAGCCACCAGCUCUUUGUUGGGAACUUGCCACAUGAUAUCGAUGAGAGUGAACUGAAGGGGUUCUUCAUGAGCUUUGGAAAUGUGGUAGAACUUCGCAUCAAUACUAAAGGAGUGGGAGGAAAACUGCCCAAUUUUGGUUUCGUGGUAUUUGACGAUUCUGAGCCGGUCCAGCGAAUUUUAGUUGCAAAACCUAUUAUGUUCCGGGGUGAGGUGCGCUUGAACGUAGAAGAGAAAAAAACAAGAGCUGCUCGUGAGCGAGAAACCCGAGGCGGAGGCGACGACCGUAGGGAUAUUCGGCGCAAUGAUAGAGGCCCUGGGGGUCCCCGUGGAAUAGUGGGUGGUGGCAUGAUGCGAGACCGUGACGGAAGAGGACCCCCUCCGAGAGGCGGCAUGGCGCAGAAGCUCGGCUCCGGACGAGGCACUGGGCAGAUGGAAGGCCGCUUCACCGGACAGCGUCGCUGAGCCCUCCGCUGCGGGCAGCCCGUCUUGGCAGUGGUACAUUAUCCAUCGUGUUUGCAUUCUUGUUAAUUUUUUUUUUUUGGCUUUGGAAUGUGACACAGCCCUUCUGGUCAUUUCUUUGAUGUGAAAGCAUCCUUUGGUUUCCAGUUUAAAUUGAGGUGGACGUUCUUUCCCCAGUUUCACAACAGGAGUCACGCUGUUAAUUUAUAAAUGUAGACUUGGAGAAUUGAGGACUGGAAAAAAAGAAAAAAAAAAAAAGAAAAGACAAAAAAAGACCGGUUAACUAUCUGCAACAAAAGUGAACUAAAGGACAUGCCCACUAGAAUUCAGGUCCUUUCAGUCCAAAACCCUCUGCUGCACAUUUUGUGUAAGUGUUCCUGUUUCUGCCUAUUACUGUUGGAAACACAAGUAGUGCAAUCUGUGCAAUUGGAGAAGCUUGCCUCUUUUUUUUUUGUCCUUCUUAGAACACUUGGCUCCAAACAAACUCGUGUUUACGCACUCAUCCAAAUGCACUAAUGGGUACUCUGGACUCAUUUAUACUGACAGCUGCAGGAGGCAUCGGAGGGAAAGACCUUCAUCCUCUUCCUCAGACAGAAUAGCUUGGGAAACGAUGCGGGCAUCUGAUCUGCUUGCUGUGACCAACAUGUACACACACAAACCUUAAUAAGACUAUGAGUUUAUUCCAGAAGGAAUCCAUUUAGCUGUAAACUAAGCAGAACCCCGAGUUUCAAAGUUGUAGCCCUGAGUACACAACAGGUUUGAUAGCUCACGUCCGAUUUUUCUACCUGCCCCUCUUCAGUACAGGGAUGGCUGCUCAACACACUCCUCCUUCCCCUCGCCCCUUCGAUAAGCAUUGUACAGUGAAAUUUGUCUUGACUGUAUUUGAGUUCUCUGGUAAUGUAAUAAGCAUGAUGGUGCCUUCUCUGAAUACAUCAUUCCAGUCUUGCUGGUGAUUUUGUACAGUAUAGUGUAUGAAUUACUGUGCUGCAAAGCCGAUCGGCUGCAAAGCAUUUAAAGGAAAUUGUGGAAAAAUUGUAUUAAAAAAAACCCCAAUUGCAGUAUCUUUCAAUCAGUAAACGUUGCUGAAAUGAUCAUCCACCUUGCUCGUCACUUCACAAGUUCGCCUGGUUUUUUGCAGAGGGGGGGAAGGGAGGAAGAAGGCAUCGAGCAGUGUCCAGGUUGCCUCUUCUCUUUAAACAGAGUUACAGAAAAUGGAGUUGACAUCUCCCUUGGACACGCAUUUCAGAAGUCAGUCAGGAACGGUGGAUGAUUUUGGCCAGCUCAGAAUGGGUAGAACUGAGCAUCCUUGGUGAGGGUGAGCUUAUCAAACGAGGAUACUGCAAUUUCCCGAGAACCAAACAGCAGCUCUUAAGCAUUUGCAUUUUUCCAGUUGCACUUUCUUAAAAACUCUUAACUCGUUUUGCACAUAACUCUCAGCUGAAGUUGACACUCACAUGGCUCUGGACCGAAGGCUUGGAAGGAGACACCCUCUCGUGCAGCUGACUGGUGGGUUUCCAGUGCAGAGGUCUGCUUCCAGAUGACAUUCUGGAGCGCGUUCCGAGGUGGGGGUGUGAAAGUGUAAAGCUGCUGCUGCUGCUGGGCACGGAAGACCUCCCUCCCAUCAGCCAACUGCCACGUCAAGCAGAAGCAUAGGGCAGCACAGCAGCUUUGCCCUGCAUUAUGCAAUCAGCUGCUGGUUUUCACUUAAGUUGGAAGAUUUUGCACAUAUUUCUCUGAGACGUUAGGCCAAGUGAAGCAGCGUCUGUGUUUUCUCCCAGACAUGAGGUCUUCUGUGUUCAGUGGUAAGUCUUGCACUAUUUUCAUACACUUUUUUUCCCCGGGGCACAUUUCUACCAGUUUCCAUGUCCAUAUUCCAGUUUUCUGUUGAAGGUCUCACAUUUUCAGCUGUUACCUGGAGGUCUGUGGUACUUGAACCCGCUCGCCACGCACCA